AGCUUUCAACGUUUAGAAAUAGUUGCUUUUCAAUAUAAAUCAUCUUACGGAAUUUUAUGAAGAAGUGGACGAUCACUUUUUAGUCGGAACGCAUAAGAAACUAUAUAUAUGUAAUACUGCGGAAAUGCUUGACGUAAAACUUUAGGAACAACCAUUUAACAAAUGUGAUCCUUAAUCUAUCGAAACGUAUAAAUAAACUAAAUAAAUGAAUGAACAAUGAACACUUUAAUGAUAAUUUAUUGUUACUCAUGAUUGCGCUGAGUCAAAUUGAUGCAAAAGUCAUUUCUUACAUUCAGAGCUGCCGGCCUGGUCUGCUGCCUGGCAGGCGCCUGGUGGCCUGCCAGGCCAGGCCACCUGGCCAGGCUGAAUUUUAAAAUUUUGGCCUGACCUGAUCCGUCCAUCUAAUAUUCGGCCUGGUUACCAGGACAGGCCAGGCCAAAGUUAGUGGCCUGGCUGCGAUAUGAUAUUGAUUUCUCUAGUACCCGUGUAAAAAAAAAAUCAGAUUAAAAAUCGAUUAAAAUGAGACGAUUAUAAUCAGAUUUUUCAGCCUUAAAAGACAGAUUUUAUUUGACUUAAUCUGAUUUUAAUCGAUUAAAAUCGAUUACUGAAAUAAAUCGAUUAUAAUUGAUUAUUAAAGUUUUUUAAUCGAUUUUCAUCGAUUAAAAAAGAUUAAGUCAAAUAAAAUCUGUCUUGUAAGGCGGAAAAAUCUGAUUAAAAUCAGAUUAAAAUUGUCUCAUUUUAAUCGAUUGUUAAUCUGAUUAUUAAUAAUUUUCUUUUACAUGGGUAGUCAUCUUGAAACAUGAGAUGGCACCACACACUGUAAAAAAAAAGGGUUUCUACCGAACCCUUCAAAAAGGUUUCGUAGGUGUCUAAAAGCUUCCAAAUGCGUCGAAACGCUUAAAUAAACGGUUGUUAAAAUCUACGAAACCUUAAAAGGAUCGGGUAUCGGGCACAGCUACCGAACCAUCUCCUACGAGACCUUUUUUAAGUUCCGUACAGUAAAAAAGGUUUCGUAUUUUCUUACGAAACCUUUGUAGCUUCCUAGUAAACCUUAUGGUUUCGUGUAAAACCAUAGUGCGAAACCAUAGAGUUUAGUAAGAAACUACAAAGGUUUCGUAAGAAAAUACAAAACCUUUUUUUGCUGUACGGAACUUUAAAAAGGUUUCGUAGGAGAUGAUUCGGUAGCUGUACCCGAUACCCGAUCCUUUUAAGGUUUCGUAGAUUUUAACAACCAUUUAUUUAAGCGUUUCGACGCAUUUGGAAGCUUUUAGACACCUACGAAACCUUUUUGGAGGGUUCGGUAGAAACCCUUUUUUUUACAGUGCAAGUUGAUGAUUUUGUUCACUUUUAACUUCGUCAUUUCGUCGUAUCCCGGAUCAUAUGUUGUUUUUGUUAUUAUGCUUAAACAUCUUUCGAUUAUGUGAAGAAGUAUUGAUCUCAUCAAAAAUUUUCGUAAAUUCAAGUUUUUCUUGUACGAAAAAUAUUUAAGAUGACUGUUUCUUUGUUUUAAUUUGCUAUUUUCUGCAAAAACUUGUUAUUCCAUUAUCUUCAUGAAAAUAAAUUAAAUAAAUAAUUGAAAUUGGAAUCAUGUAUUAAUACAGAGUUAUAGAAUUUAGUGGAUUUGAAAAAUCAGAAACAUCAAUUGGCCUGGUUUGGCCUGCACAUCAGGCCAGGCCAGGCCAGGCCAGGCUGCAGGCCACUCUUUGACUUUUGGCCUGGCCUGUAGGCUAAGUCAGGCCAGGCCAGGCCAGAAAAAAGUGGCCUGUUGGCAUCUCUGUUCAACAUUACAAGCAAAGUAUAUUACAUUUAAUUUUUUGUAUAUAAAAAAAAAAGAUUUUCUAUUAUUUAUUAUAUCUGAUUUAGAUAUAAAUCAACUAAUACUCAAAGAAAUCGUGAUAAACAACGUAUAGCUGAUCUUGAAAAAAAUGUCAAUGAAGAAAAACAAACUAAACAACGAUUAGAAUCACAAAUAAAAACAGAAAAAACAUUGACAAAAAAACUUCAAGAUGAUUUGGCAUAA